UGAAACUCAUCCUGGGUGUCUGGGUGCUGAUUGACUUGAUAACUGAUUAUCUCCAACAACUUGGUGCCGUGACCCAUAUCCCAACAUACCCACUCAUUGACAGGAGGAGGCUUGAACACCGAAACCCCGCGGGGCAGCCAUCAAUAGACAGAAAGACCUGACGACUGAACUGUCCACCAGGCAGGUGCAGUAUUUCAACCUCGUCCUGCCAGCCGUGGACUGACGGGAUCCGAUACCUGAGGACAGCACCAGACCGGGAAUGGGUCUGACAAGUGAAGACUGACAGAUUAUGUGACAAAAAAGGACAUUAAAGAGCAACAUGGCUGACAAACCUGAUCAGUCAAUAAACAACUGGACUGAAUCUCAAGUGAGCACCUGGCUAAGAUCUAUUAGAGUGAAGGAGUCAUAUAUAGAAAAGCUCUAUGAAGAAGAGGUAGAUGGACAAAGUCUUCUUGAACUGGAUGAGGACUUUCUGAAGACUAGAUUUUGCAUGAAAUUAGGACCUGCUAAUUUGAUCAUCAAAAAAAGAGAUGAGCUUAUCAAAACCCAACAAAAUUCUCAGAAAAAGGAAAAGCUUUGCAGUGGCAAUAAAGCAGAGUCAAAGCAAAAAAACAAAAAGCAAAAACAGGGAACAAAACAAGGUCCUUCACAAGAGGUACAAAACGAGGAAAAUGUCUCACAGGAGAUGCAAAGUGCUUCAAUACAAACUGCAGUGACAGAAAAGGAAGAUUGCAAAGCACGGUCAUUUGAUCAAGACCCUGAUAUCAUAUAUAUGAAACACAGAGUCCUGCAGCCUGAAUCAGGAGCUUUUAAUCUGAUCAAUCCAUGCCGUGAAUUCAAGUCUCUUGUUACUGCUUCUACGUUGGAUAACUCACGACUCAGAGUCAAGUUUGCCAGAGAAGUUGUGAAAUUUGCAACUGGAUGUAUGAAUAUCAGAUCAAAUGGCACAAUCCACUUUGGUGUGAUGGACAGCAGGGAAGACAAGGGAUAUGUGCAUGGUGAGAUAAUAGGGAUCCCUGUGAAAGACAAAGACAUUUACGUGGACGCUUUGGACUACAUUGAAAAAUGCUUCCCUGAUGACAGUGAGCAUGUUCGACAAUGUGUGAGAUCACCUAGAUUUAUUGAGGUUAUGGAUCCUGAAAGUACAGAAAAGCGGUAUGUAGUGGAGGUUGACAUUGUUCCUUCAGUAAGCAUAGUUAGGGGCAAGGUCUACCAAGUUCGUCUGGUAAAGUACAAUGAGGCAACAAACAAACCUGAAUAUGAGAAAGCUACAAUUCUGAGAAGGGUGGGUGCAAAGACAGAUCAGGUGUCUGAGACAGACCAAUGUGACUUUUUUUAUCGUGUCAAAGAUAGGGAUGCUCAGAGAGAGGAGGCAGAGAAGUCUCAGCUUUGGAUUGGCCCUGAGAAUUACCAAAACCUCGGAAGGAAACUCACAAUGCUAAUGACGAGUGGAAAGAAAUUAAUCGAGAAGGAAAAAUGGUUCAUCUUCGUGACAAACAAAAUCAAACCUGAUGACCUUUGUCACAUUGAUUGGUUGGUGAACAUGAACAUUUUCUGUGUGUUUGAUUUUGACCCAGAUUCAAACAAGUCAGGUCUUUGCAGUAAAUACCUUCAACAUCAUAAUGCAAACAUGCAUUCUCUGCAGAGCUAUAACAUUUCCAGAGACACAAGCAUCAAAGAGUUCAUUAGCAAGUUACAUCUGUUUGACCAAACAAGCUGGAUCUUCUGUAACGGAUGUUCUGAUUACAAAGGAAGCGAACCUCAAUGCGAUGAAAUGAGUUGGACCAAAACAAAACGUCCUUUGCUGCGGGAAACUGUGUCUAUGAUCUGUAAACACAUCUUGCCAAAGGAGACAUUUCAGGUAAUAUUCUUAAUCACAUCACCCAUUGAGAAACCACUCUUGCACACCUUGUACGAGUUUUCAGCUGACAUGCAAGGCCUUGAAGACAUCAUUUGCAUUUGUGAAUCACAGGAGAACUUUCAGAAGUGGCAAAGUUUUGCAGAAGGAACAUAUGGAGCAGAAACUGUGAAUAAUCACAGUGUUGUCGGGAUGAAAAUGAGCCAUAUUGAUGCAACUUUGCAACAAAUUCAACCUGUAACCAAAGACACCACAAAACACUUGGGCACCUUUGAAAAGGGAAAAUGCCGUCUGGAAACCAAAGCAAAGGAACAGAUGUAUUCACUGGAAAUCCUGACAACUGAUCAUUGUGAUGAAACUAGCGAAGAGUUCAUCGAAGCUGAGAAGGAAAACAUUGAACGACAGUUUUACCACGGUGGGAAAGUGACCUGGCUGAAUUUCUGGCUUGCCGAGGAAAAGUUUGCUGCAGAUGUGAUUAAAAGGGAUGCAUACAGCGAAGUUUGUAAACUUCUUGCAGAUUUGAAAUUGAAUACCACACAGAGUCCUGUGAACAGAAUCAACAUCUACCAUCAUCCUGGAGGUGGUGGAAGCACUGUGGCAAGACAAGUAAUAUGGGAAAGGAGGAAGGAUCUAAGGUGUGCAGUUGUGAUGCCUUCAUACUCGGCUGAUGUUGUUGCACAGCAUGCAGUUCAGCUACGAGAGCAUGAUGAAAGAGAUCUACAGCGAUGUCUUCCUGUACUGCUCCUCGUUGAAGACUCAGAACAAGAAUACCUUGAUGAUCUCAGGAAUAAUCUAGAGGAAGCAAUUUGUAACAAGAAAAUCCGUUAUGAAAAACCCUGCUUCAUUGUGCUGAGCUGCAGACGUUGCAAUGAUCCAGAUAAGAAAAUCAAGGAGUCUCCACUUGAAAAUGUGUCUGUCACUCACAGACUGUCUCCUAAAGAAAAAAGGAUGUUUGCUGGAAGACGAAAGGUGCUUGAGGAAAAAUAUCAGCCUCAGUUUGUCCUGACAUUUGUUUUGAUGAGUGAAGAAUUUGAAAACGUAACAGCAUACGUUUCCAAAUUUGUGACCAACUUGCUUCAAGGCAUUGACCGUACAUCUACCGUCACUCGUUUCCUACUCUACGUGGCACUACUGAACACUUAUGUCCAAAACUCGUUCAUCUCCAUGUCUCACUAUGAGGCUUUCCGUGGUUUAAGCACAUAUGUCGAGAAGCUUCGCCUCCCAGUGUUUGAAAAAUCUCUCCAUGAAACAGCUAAACUACUCUUUUUGUACCUCAGAGAUGACAAAACACACCUUGAAUCAAUCAGAAUCAUCCACCCACGAGUUGCAGAGGAAAUCCUCAAACAGCUUCUGGGGAACCAAGAAAAACAAGGUAACUUGGCAAAAGAUUUGCUUGCUGAGAAAGUGCUCUUUGACCAUAGAUUUGGAAGGGAAGACUACUUGGCAUUUCUGAAAGCGCUUCUAAACAGACGAUCCAGGAUUAGCCGAGGAGAUGAAAAUGACAGUUUGUUCUCUCCUUUGAUAGAGCAUGUGCGCAAAAACGAAAGCCCAGACCUCGCAGUUGAAUUACUCAAGGAAGCAUACAGUUGUUUCUAUGAAGAUGCCUUUCUUGCACAAACCAUUGCCCGACUGUAUUAUUCCAAUGAAAAGUUUGAGGAGGCAAAAGACUGGGCAGAGAGAGCAGCCAACAAAAUGCCGAAAAACUCUUAUAUACUUGACACAAGAGGGCAGGUGUACAAGAGAUGGUUUGAAGCAAAGUUGAGAGUAAUUCAAAGUGAAAGGAAACCAAAGACAGCUCGAAACACUGCAUCAGCUGUGGACACUGCCCUGACUGCCAUAAAACACUUUAAGCACUGUCAGAAAGUAGCAGUUGCAGAACCAGAAACCAUGAACAGGCUGGGAUUCUUUGCUGAAGUUGAGGUUGUAUGUGGUCUUCUCAAACUGAUCUCUUCUUUACAAGAGUUUGCAGACAGAGACAAUGGCCAUUCAGAGUACGUAAAGUACCUUACCACUCCAGAUUACAUUCCAGCAGACAUUAAAGAUGCUUGGGAACCGUUUCAUGACCGUUUGAAAAACCUCCAAAAUGAAAUGACUGAAGCAUUGGAAUGGAUUUCAGAAGACCUCAGUUACUUCCAGAAAGAUGUUGAGGCACACGAAGGGGAGACUUCUGAGAGUCCUGAGGAAGUUGUGAAACAUCCACUCAGAUUUUUAGCAGAAGCAGCCUCAAAGUAUGGUAAGCACUUCAGUGGAGUUUCAAGCAAUCCUUCAACAUGCUCUCCUUCCACAAAGCGCAUGAUAAUCCAUCGCUUGGGAGGAGGUAACUUCACAUCCAUAUUCUACAACCUGACUAAUCAACAGGAGGGCGUGAAGGAUCUGCAGACCAUCCUCUCUCUUUAUCCCAAAAACCCAAUGACAGCCAAAUUUCAGCAAAAUGAAUUAGUCAAUUACAUUGCAACCAACAUUGCCCUGAACUGCCUUUCACCACAAUCUAAAGAGGUGGCGAGUCUGCACGACCUACAAGCACUCAGCCAUCAGUUCCCAACUGAAAAACAAAGGUGUUCUCCAAGUGCCCUGUUCUUGCUCACCUUGUUGUUUUGGCCGGAGGAUUCUGAUACAAAGGAUGAGAAAUCCCAAAAAUUUGGCAUUGUGCAAUCAGCUAUUGAGUACCUGAAAAGAGAGUACUUUGCCAAGAUAAAGGACAUCCCUUCACGAAAGAGAAAGCUUUACACACAUUUUUACCUGGGCAACAGGAAUGGCUUGGACAAAUUUGUUCACAAGAGCAAGAUUGAAAGUGUCACAAAAAGUCUCACACUCUCUGAGAAACGCAUGAAGUGGUAUCACGGCGAGGCAUGGAAAAUGCCCGAGAUUGCCCAGAUGCUAAGGAGUGUUUCUGGAUGGACUGAAGAUGGAGUUGUGUACCUUGAAGGCCCAGGAAAAAAGAAGUUCAGUAUUCAGCCUCUUCAUCUGCCUUCAGUGCCUUACAGUAAUGAAAAUGUCACCUUCUACCUGGGGUUUACUUUCAGAGGUCCGGUGGCUUGCAACAUCACUGUAAAGAGAUAGUUUGUCUUACUCGUGAAAUUUAUAACCCACAACAGUUCAUUAUAACUAAUACGUAAGAUGGCUGAACAUCAAAAUGUUGCAUCUAUUUCUUUUACACUUGUUUAUUUACAGAAUUUAAGGAAGUAUAAUCUAAAAUGUUGCUCAAAUUUAUUGACUAAUUAAAAUGUACAAUUUUGAUUUUUUUUUUUUUUAACUAUGCUUUUGCCCAUGAUUGGGCCUAUUCUUUUCUAUUGUUUUUGUAUUAUAUAUUCAUAUCCCAAAUGGACUAAUUCAGACCAAUGGCUGAAAAAACUUUAGAAAACACUACUGGAUCUGCUUCCUUACAUCACAGAAUUUGAGGAGGUUGUAACUGGAACAUUGACAGCAAACUGUAUUGGGACAGAUUAAUAUCAAUUGUUUUUCAUUUCAACAACUUUGGGAUGGAAAUGUUAUGGAUAAUUAUUGUAAGAUUCAGCAUGUUCUAAAUAAAGAUCCCUUAUCUAUU